CCCGUAUUCAGACCAGUCCCGCCUCCCUGCGCUGUGAUUGGUUGGAAGUAGCAGUAGUGCGCGGACGCGUGAUAUGAUUGGCUAGCACUUCGCACACUUACGGAAUCCGCCAACGGACAACUAGCCAAUCCUGACGCGAGUAAGGCGGGACUUGUCCGAAAAAGAGUGUGGAAUGAAGCUCACCUUUCGGUAUCAUGAUAAUAGACUGGCUUAAGAAGGAAGGCAGCGAGCGACCGUUGGGUCCGUCCCCGCUCACGGCUGAGGUGAACCGGGCGGUGCUCGGGCGUGUGUACCGAGGGAGGGUCUCCGCAUGCUUCUUCACACGUGUCUCAGCUCCAGUGGAAAUCACUGCGGAUCCUCGGGCGUCUUCUAGCAGCUGCUGUUAACGGAAAAUGGAACACAUUGCUGGAUCGUUUCUCAAACUGAAGGGCUAAGCUGCAGCCCCGAAGGCAGACAGACAGUGUCUGACAGCAGCAUGGCGCACGGCUCUGACUCCCCCGUCCAGACGGAGACUGAUGCGGUGCAUUGCAAACUGUGUCUGAGUGACUGCCCUGCACCGGAGACCAGCAGACUGCGCUCCUGCGGCUGUGUGUUCUGCACUCAGUGUUUGCGUCAGUAUGUGCAGUUAGCCAUACAGGAUGGGGCCGGUGCUCCCAUUACCUGCCCUGACCUGGCCUGCAAACACCCAGGACCUCUACUGGACUCAGAGAUUGCCUCUUUCGCCCCGAGUGAUCAAGUCGAGCUCUACAGGCGGCUCAAGUUUGAAAGAGGGAUUUCGAAGAUUCCUUAUGUACCAGAUGCCAGUGCUCAGCAGGUGCUGUGCUUCAAGCACUACAACGCCUCAGAGAUUUUGCUGGGUAGAAAGAUGGAGGAUUGGCUCAGGUUCUCCGUGUGUUACUGGCACUCCUUCUGUGGGACUGGAGCCGACCCAUUUGGUUCCCCCACCCUCUGCAGGCCAUGGAAUGAAGGAGACAGUGACAUGGAGAUAGCAAAGAAAAGACUCGCUGCAGCCUUUGAGUUCUUCACGAAGCUUGGGGUGAACUACUACACUUUUCAUGACAGGGACAUGGCCCCUGAGGGUCGCACUUUGGAGGAAUCCAAUAGAAACCUGGAUGAAAUCACAGACGUGGCUCUGGAGCUCCAGAAGCAGACAGGGGUUAAAGUGCUAUGGAUCACCUGCAACCUGUUCGCCCAUCCCAGGUAUAUGAAUGGAGCGUCCACUAACCCAGACAGUCAUGUUUUGGCCUAUGCUGGAGCACAAGUGAAAAAAGGUCUAGAAAUAGCCAAGAAGCUGGGGGCUGAAAACUUUGUGUUCUGGGGUGGCCGGGAGGGCUUCCUGUCCAUACUCAACACAGACAUGGCAGCUGAACUGAAGCACAUGGCCAACUUUUUCAAAAUGGCAGUGGCAUAUAAACAGAAGAUCGGCUUGAAAUGCCAGUUUCUCAUUGAGCCCAAGCCAAAGGAACCAUGCAAGCACCAGUAUGACUACGAUGCAAUGAGUGUUAUCGGCUUUUUGAAGCACUUCGGACUGGACAGAGACUUCAAACUUAAUAUCGAGCCCAACCACACCACCCUGGCAGGACAUUCUUAUGAGCAUGACGUCAUCAUGGCCUCUGUGUUUGGAAUGCUGGGCUCUGUGGACUCAAACACUGGAUCUCCAGAUUUGGGCUGGGACACGGAUCAGUUUCCCAUGGACAUCCGAAACACGACACUGGUGAUGAAGGCUGUUAUCGAGCAGGGAGGCCUACAGCCUGGAGGUUUAAAUUUCGACGCCAAGGUUCGGCGAGAAUCAACUGACCUGGAGGAUUUAUUCAUUGCUCAUAUUGCUGCCAUGGACGCUUUCGCUCGGGGCCUCAGAAACGCCGUCAAGAUCAUUGAGGAGGGAGUCAUGCAGAACAUGCUACAGGAACGUUACCUAAGCUUCAGCCAUGGGAUCGGUCAGAAAGUGGACGAGGGCAGUGCGUCACUGGAAGACCUAGAGGAGUUCAUCAAGCAAAACGGAGAGCCUAAAGUCACUUCAGGGAAGCAAGAAAAAUAUGAAGCGGUCUUUAAUCAUUAUUUGUGACUUCAGUGACCAGUUAUGUGGAGGAAAGCUGUUAAACUGGGAUCAGUGUGUCAAAUACUGACAGCAUUUGUCAUAAAUAGAAAAUAUAGUAUUCUGUAAACGUAGAAUGUGUUUUUUUUUUUUGUUUGUUUCAUGAAUAGAUUCAUUGCUAGAAAUCAGUAGAUAGUUAAGUCAGUCAUAUGUCACAUAAAUAUGCACUUUUUAUCAUUGGAGAAUGGAACAUAAUAAUAAUAUAUCAAUAACACCAGCUUAUAGACUGGAGAGAUGGAAGUAGCUGGAAAAAUAAUCAAUGUUGAUGUGAAAAUGGAUGAAAUAAGAAAUCCGUCCAACAUUGCAGAAUCUUUCUGUCUGAAUACAAAAAUAAAAACACAAUAAAAGUUGAUUAUGAGUGGC